AUGGCCCGGUGCUCUCUGCAGUUGACACCCAUCGCUGCUGGGAGCGCUCCUAACUUCUCGCUGGCGGACCUGGACAGCUCCUCCUACUACAGCAUGAGUCCAGGAGCCAUGAGGAGGCCCCUCCCCAGCACCUCCUCCUCCAGCUCGGCCAAGAGGAUCAAGUGCAUGGAGGAGGACGUGGACAGUCCGGGGGAGGAGUCUUACUAUCCCCCUCAGGGUCGCUCGCCAGGCAGCGGCAGUCAGACCAGCAGCUGGCACGAGGAGCCAGGAUAUAAGCUGCGCGGCUCGCUAGCUAGCUCCUUCAUCUCCCGACAAGGGAUGGCGUUGGCCGGCGGCGCCUUAAAGAGGUCAGCUUUCUACGAGGCCACGCCUCCACCUACUGGCCACGCCUCCUCCUCCUCUUCUUCUUCUUCUUACUCCUCCCCCCGAAUGGCUUUCACGCAUCAUCAUCGCCCCGUCAUUACCGCACCUCGAGCCAGCCCCCACGCCCCCCCCUCCAGCCUGCACUUCUCCUCCUCCCCCAUCCUGCAGCAGCCCGCCUCCUACUUCUCCCACCCGGCCAUCAGGUACCACCCCCAGGAGACCCUCAAGGAGUUUGUGCAGCUGGUGUGUCCUGACUCCGCCCAGCAGGCCGGACAGGUGGGCUUCCUCAACCCUAAUGGUAGCUCGCAGGGAAAAGUCCACAAUCCUUUCCUGCCCACACCCAUGCUGCCCCCACCCCCACCUCCCCCCAUGGCCCGCCCUGUGCCGCUGCCAGUCGACACCAAGCCGCCCUCCACCUCCUCCACUGAGGGAGGGGGGAACUCACCCACCUCACCCACCUACUCAGCCCCGCCCACCACAUCUCCUGCUCAGAGAUUUGUCAGCGUGGGACCACGAGACCCCGCCUUCAACAUCCCGCAGCAGCCGCAGUGGUACCUGGGAUAACCACUCCAGAGGCCCCUCCCCCUGCGUGCACCUGUACAACAAUGGCUGCAGCCCCUCCCCCAAUCCGACAAGAACGAUGUCCCGCCCCCCCCCCGCGCCCUCCUCCCCCAACGCGCCUGACUCCGCCCCCACCAGCAUCAGCAUGGCUCGGGCGGGUCCAAGGGUCCAGUCAGGUGACUGUCUGGGUCACAUGACUUUGUUUGGUGCCAGCCCCGCCUCCCGAGCCCUCCCUUUUUUUGAGGGGUGGUCCAAGACUGAUGAUCACCCCCCCCCCCCUGUCAGGAAAAGGGUCUCUCCAAGGACAAGGAUGCCCCUUGAUGGAAGGGUGGGCGGGGCUUGUUCAGGUUUUCUUUUCUCUUCACAUCAUUUUGGCUCCUCCCCCUCCAGUGUGAUGACGCUAGGGGGCGGAGCCGCGUGGAAUAUCGACGUGAGGAAAGUGCAAUUGUGUUGGCUAGCUUGUUAGCGAGCUAGCUGCUUCUUUUACCCAGCAGUCCGCUCGCACCUGUGGACUCUAAACUAGUGAGGUACAAAAGACUUCUCUUCCUCCUCCUCUUCUUCUUCUUCUUUGUUCCUGGUGGAAAUCCCUUUAAAAGACUGAAAUUAACUUAUUUGCUGAAGGAGCACAUGUUUUGUUUGUUUAAAUCCACGACAAUGUGACUUUACACCUUUUCCCCCUCCUCGCUUCCUGUUUGCCAGAUAAUCUCCAAGGGGCGUGGCCUGGCCACAGGCUGCUCCGCGAUUGGCCCGGCUCUCCAAGAGGCCGGGUCCAGUCCACAGCACUUAGAAUGAGGGGGCGUGGCCUGGUGAGGACUAUCUAUGUACAUGACUAUACAGUAAAUAUAGAAUAUAUACACCUGCAUGUCCUAGUGUUAGUGACCUAGAUGAUGUACUUAGUCACAUGCUUCCUUUUCUAACUCCUCCCCCCGCCCCCGGCCCCGCCCCUCCACUCCCGCCUGAUGACUUUCUGUGAAACGAGCAAACUCCGCUAACGGUUUGCCUUUUCUUUGUUGUUCAACUGAUCAGACAGACUUGGGUCGUUAGGCAAACAAUCAAUGAUGAAAUCCAACACUUGACGAGUCAACUACAAUUCCAACCCGGAGGAGACAAUCAACAAUUAAGCGUGCUUAUUUCACCGAGCCUCCUCACACGCCGGGUUGGGACCACGGUGCUGGUCAUGUGACUUCCUGUCGUGCUACUUCCUGAGAGGAACGGCGACGACUUCAUUAUGCAAAACUUGCACUUCCUGUCGGCUUUUUCUUUCUCUUCCUGUCAACCAAAGUUAGCACGCGACCGGCGCCGCCUAGUGGCCGGUCCCUAAAAAAAAACAAAAAACAUAUGAUAACCACGAAAGCCCCCCCCCCCCCCCCCCCUUCUAACCCCCAGGUGACAAUCUCGCCAAGCUGAGCCGCCGUCACUCGGGGGGGGGGGGGGGGGUGACUUCCUCCCCGGACUCUGCGGUCGCUAACGAGCCUUAACGAGUCCUGAAGGUGUUUACACUUGGUCACGUGAUCCUUUCCUGCUGACGUGCACUAAAGCCCGCCCCCGGGGGGUCACUAAAGGUGGAAAGAAAGGUCAAAGCAAUAUGUGUGUUGGCAGUGAGGACGUCACACCUGUGUGUACCUGCCCCCCCCACUCUUUUUUGUUUUUGUGUGCUUGUAAUGAUGAUGAUGAUGACUCCGCAUCCUCCUCUUCCUUUGUGUCGCUCAUUCCACGCGCAAAUAAAAUAGAUCAAGAUUCUUUUCUUUUUUUUGGUUUGUUUUCUUUUCCAUGGCUUUCUUUCCCCGCACUUCCUCAUCCUCAUCCGCUGGCCCCGCCCACAUCACAGCGAGCCAAUUGCAGCGGCACGAGGCAACCGAUUGGACGGCGCAGGCGCAGAUUGUCUGUUCGACGGCGCGUUGUCGCUUUCUCGUUGCCAUGGCGACAUGUAAGGUGAUUUAGAAGCCCCGCCCUCCAUCGACCUGAUACUUUCCUGCAGGAGACCAAUCAAUGCUGUUUGUGCUGACUUCAGCAUUAUCCCCCCCCCCCCCCCCCGCGUCGCCAUGGCAACACUUGCACCUGCGCCCCCUUCGUCCAGUUGGGGUCGAUAGGGGUGGUGUCGAUGCUGCUUUGAUCGGCCGCAUGAGGCGAGAAAGUUCCGCACACAAAGUUUGUCCCGUUAACCGUUCACCUGCAACACGUCCAACACUUGAGGCUACAGUGGGAGCAUGUGACAUCAUCAUCAUCAUCAUCGUCACAAUGAGGGCGACAUCCCAGCAUGCACCUCGAACUCUCCUGUGCCUCUUUGACACCACCUUCUGUCCACUUCCUGUGUCCAUAAGUGGCACUUCCUGUCCCCCACAGAAAAAGCGUCUCUAUGCAACAGAACACAACAGAAUAAAGACGCUCACACGCAGUCCACGCCUCCUUUCUUCUUCUUUUCUUCACCACCACACACACGGUGACCUCAUGUCAACUCACCUGUGUGUGCGCUUUGAUGAUGUCACUUCCUGUAAGGCCAACAGUCUUCAAGACAAGAUGUCACGUGACUUGCGUGAUCAGGUGUUGAACUAUUCAUGCGAGUGAGGAGUCACGUCUUCCAGGUUGUUCAAACAUGAAGUUUAAAUAUGGAUUUGGAUCUUUUGACAUUUACUUUGACAAGUCGACUCUUCCCUCGGGAGGCAACUUCCUCUUCCCGGAUCAGGUCACGUGACCCGGCCACAACUCAUAUUUCCUCAGUGAGGUGACGGAAUGACAGGACACUUUUAUUCACGCACACGCCU